AGGAGGAAGGUCAAACAAACAUGGCGGCGCGCACUGUGUGGAGGUCCAUUUGCACCUCAUUUACGAGUUUAAAACUCGGAACCACGGGAUCCAACAUUAAUCCACUUCAGAGAGUUGAUGUUCCGCAGCUCUCCGCUUUAACCGUCCAGAGCCGAGGGCUUCGUCAAGUGGUGGAGGGGAAAGAAGGAAGUACAACGACUAUUGAGGGGAAGACUCUAGAUAUUGCUCCAGCACCACAGCCUCCAAAUCCCACAGCCAAGUGUCCUAUCUACAGAUGGAACCUGCAGCACAAAUACAACUACACAGAUGUCUUGUUGUUGAGUCAGUUCAUUAGAUCGGAUGGAGGGAUGUUGUCUAGGAGAAUUACUGGUCUUUGUGGAGAGGAGCAUCGCAAGAUUGCCAUCUGUGUGCAGAUGGCUCAAAGAGCAGGUCUGCUUCCUGAUCACAAACCCAAACUUCCUGAGGGUCACGUUCCAAAGAGACCAAAGCCCCAACUUAACAGGUACCUGACUCGCUGGUCUAUUGAUUCAGUGAAACCCAUCUAUAAAACUGGUCUGAAGUGGUGUAAGAAGCGCAUGGCUGUUGGUCACCCAGCACUCAAGAACAAUGUGCGUUACGGUGUGAAGCCCCUAUACAUCAAACACUGAAGGACACAAAACCUGACCUGGUACAACAGCUGGAGGAGGAGGGGCCCAUCACUCAAGAGAAACGAGGGGAGAGUUUCAUGCUUUUCAUCGAUAUCUGCAGUUUACCUGGACUUCUGUCAUGCUGGCGUAGGAGGAGACGUAAAAGCUUCAUCCAUCUGUAUUUAUUCUAACUUUUGUUUAUAAAGCUGCGUCAGACUUUUCAUGAAACGUGUUCAGCUCCACCCAGAACCCAUCUAUUCUGACUGUGGGUCUUUAAAAAAAGCCCUUGAAGUGAAGUUGCUGACAACUUAAUGUGAGCAACAACUGGGUCAGUGUUACAUUUUCAAAGUAGGUGGUAUGUUGACUGUGUAAACACAAUACAACACAGAUGUUCAAAUAAAAUGUCUGUUUAUUCUGCCUCUCAAAA